GUGCUUGUGUUCCUUCUGCUCCCAUACUGCCUGACUCUCCAAUGUGCAGCACCAAAUAUAUUCUCCAAUGAUCCUUUUCUCUGGGCCUGGAAUUCUCCCAUAGAAUUUUGCAUUGAUAGAUAUAAUGUGCCCCUAGAUAUGAAACUCUUUUCCCUAAUAGGAAGCCCAAGAAUACAGAAAACUGGGCAAAGGCUUGUAAUAUUUUAUGCUACUAAGCUUGGCCUCUACCCUUUCAUAAAUGAAAAAACAGGCGUGUCUGAGAAUGGCGGCAUCCCCCAGUUGGGAAAUUUAAAAGAUCAUUUGACCAAAGCCAUGAAAGACAUUGUCUCUACUGUGCGAGCACACCAGACAGGCUUGGCUGUCAUUGACUGGGAGGAUUGGAGGCCCCUCUGGGAUAGGAACUGGAAGCCAAAAAACAGCUACAGGGAUUUAUCUACUGAGCUGGUACAUCAACAAAAUGCACAUCUCAGUAUCUCUGAGGCCACCAAGGUGGCCAAACAAGAUUUUGAAAGGGCAGGAAGGACUUUUUUUCUUGAGACUUUUAAUUUGGCAAAACGACUUCGUCCACAAUAUCUAUGGGGUUAUUAUCUUUUCCCUGAGUGUUAUAACCAUGUUUACACGAGACCUGGUUAUGACGGAAGUUGCUUUGAGAUAGAAAAGAAGAGAAACGACCAGCUCUUCUGGUUGUGGAAGGAAAGCACCGCCCUUUUCCCAAAUAUCUAUUUGCACUCUCGCCUCAGUUCUACACCCCUCGCUGCACUCUUUGUCCGGAACCGUGUUCAGGAAGCUCUUAGGCUUGCUGCUUUAAGAGACCCCAAAAACCCUGUUCCAAUUUAUUUUUAUGCCCGCCCAGUUUUUACUGAUGUGCCUUUCAAAUACCAUUCUCAGUAUGAUCUUGUGAACACACUUGGUGAAAGUGUUGCUUUGGGUGUCUCCGGUAUCAUUUUCUGGGCAAGUGUCAAUUUAAGUCGAAACGCGCAAGCCUGCACCAUCCUAGCAAAUUACCUGACGACUACCCUGAAUCCUUACAUUAUCAACCUCACGUUAGCAGCCAAAAUGUGCAGCCAAGUGCUUUGCCUAGGAGUUGGAGUAUGUAGAAGGAAAGACUGGAAUUCAAGUGACUAUCUUCACCUGAACCCAGAUAACUUUGUCAUUGAAACCAGGAACAAUGGAAAGUUGACAGUGGAUGGGAAACCCACCAUCGAAGACCUGAAGUAUUUUUCUGAAAAAUUUAAUUGCAGUUGCUACACCAAUUAUGUUUGUAAAUUAACAGAUGAUAUAGAAAAUAUUGAUAUAGACAGUAUUAAGGUUUGCAUUGCUAAUAAUAUUUGUAUAGGUAACUUGGUGGAUAAAAAAUCCAACUAUUACUCUUUUAGAAAGAAAGAGAAACCAUUGGCUGCCCAGUGGUCAUGUGUUCCUGACCCAAAUCUCAGUGGGUGUCUCAAGGGCAAUUGUUCCGGGACAACAACCGUCUCAACCAAUGACCAAGAAGACAAUCAGGAUACUUAUGAGGGAAACGUGUCCAAUACAGAAAAGAAGGAAAAAGAAACAACCAAUCCAAGUAAAAGUUUGAUGCUAGUUCCAUUUGCUAUCCAUAUACUUUUAGUUUUGAUGUCUUUAAAUUUCUUAUAUUCAAGCAUUUAG